AUGCAGGACUUGAUCGUAACCCUAAGAUCGAUCUCACGCGAAUUUGUGGCGUUACUACAAUCGCUCAAAUUACCAACACCUAUUUUGACACAGUUACAAAAGUUCUUGGAUAACGUUAAUAUCGUUCCUGGUCAGGUUGUCGAUCUAUUGAUGAGUACUAUCGAGAGCACCAUGGAAGAAAAGAUAGCCAUUUUGAAUGCUGUUGAUUUGAAAGAACGUAUCACCAAGGCUGUGGAGUUGAUGACUAGGCAAAUCCAUGUCUUGAAAAUCUCACAAAAAGUCCAUGACAAUGUGGAAGGUAAACUUAACAAAAAACAGCGUGAAUUCUACCUCCGCGAGCAGCUGGCUGCGAUUAAGGAGGAACUGGGCGAAAAAGAUUCAGGUGAUGAUGACGAAUUGGCUAUCAUCGAGAACAGGCUGGCUGAAGCAAACCUGCCGCCGGAGGUACAAAAGGCAGCAGAUCGAGAGUUGAAAAAACUGAAGAAGAUGCAGCCAGCGUCAUCCGAGUAUUCGGUCAUCAGGAAUUAUUUGGACUGGUUGGGGGACUUGCCAUGGUCCAAGUCAACUGAGGAUAUAUUAGACGUGGAACGAGCGAGAAAGCAGUUGAACGAUGACCAUUAUGGCCUAGAAAAGGUCAAGCGUAGGAUCCUGGAGUACUUAGCUGUGUCCAAAUUGCAGCAGAUGAAGGGCGAUGUUAGAGGUCCUAUUCUUUGUCUUGUUGGUCCACCUGGAGUUGGAAAGACCUCACUUGGUCGGUCAAUCGCUGCUGCCUUGGAUAGGAAAUUCCACAGAAUUUCGCUUGGCGGAGUCUGGGAUGAAUCUGAGAUCCGUGGCCACCGCCGUACAUACGUUGGAGCACUUCCCGGACGCAUUAUUCAGGGAUUAAAGAAGUGCGAGGUCAACAACCCUGUUUUCCUUCUUGAUGAGAUUGAUAAGAUCGGAUCAAGAGGUCAUCAUGGCGACCCUUCUGCUGCUUUUCUGGAGGUCCUUGAUCCAGAACAAAAUAGUACCUUUACCGAUCACUACCUGAAUGUUCCAUUCGAUCUCUCCAAAGUCCUCUUUAUUGCUACAGCCAAUUCUUUGGACACGAUCCCUGCUCCCCUCUUGGAUCGAAUGGAAUUGAUUACAAUCCCCGGCUACACCUAUGCAGAAAAAUUAGCCAUCGCUACCAACCACCUGCUGCCUAAGCAAGUCCGCCUGCACGGUCUUACUGAAGCGAAUAUUCAAAUUACUCCAGAAGCUCUUCUCAAGGUUGCUACUGGUUAUACACGUGAAAGUGGUGUCCGUCAAUUAGAGCGUGAGAUUGGUUCACUCGUUCGGGCCAAGGCUGUCGAGUAUGCAGAAGUAUAUGAAAAAUCGUCAGCCUCCGCUACCUCUUCCGAUAUUCCCGAGAACCCAAGUGGGUACCAACCACUGAUUGGUAUUCAGGAUGUAGAAGUGAUUUUAGGGCAAGAAAAGUAUAUUAACGAGGUAACAGCGAGAGCAGCAGUGCCUGGAGUUGUUACAGGUAUGGCCUAUAAUGGUGUAGGCGGCGGGAUCUUAUUUAUUGAGGUCACACAGAUGCCAGGCAAGGGCAAUCUGCAGCUUACAGGCAGCCUGGGCGAUGUGAUCAAGGAAAGCGCUCAAAUUGCGUUGAGUUGGGUUAAGAGUCAAGGAUAUAAAAUUGGACUUACAACUAGUCCAGGCCAAAAUGUGAUGGAAAAGACUGAUGUGCAUCUUCAUAUGCCAAGUGGUGCCACACCAAAGGAUGGUCCUUCCGCGGGUAUCGCCAUGGUCUGUGCGUUGGUUUCAAUGUUCUCGAAUCAGACUGUACCAAGUACAACAGCCAUGACUGGCGAGUUUACACUUCGGGGACUCGUCAUGCCAGUGGGCGGUAUCAAGGAGAAGGUCAUCGCUGCUCAUCGUGCUGGCGUCCGUAAGAUAAUCAUGCCUCUUCGCAAUCAGAAAGACGUGGUUUCAGAUGUUCCAGCCAAUGUCCGCGAAGAUAUUGAAUUUUGUUAUGCCUCAACCAUCUGGGAUGUUCUACGUGAGGCAUUUGAGGGAAGGGCGACUGUCCAUACUCCAACUGUUGCAAGCGCUGGCAUCGAUAGUCGAUUGUAG